AUGAGUUCAACAGCAUGUAUCAUCCAGGCUAACCCCGAUGUAUCUGGGGCCGGAAUCCGUAUAUCGAUUUACACCCUCUGCCUAGGCGGGUCGAUCGUUAGCUAUCUACUCCGCGUAUUUGCCCCAGGCGAAGACCAAGAAGAGUUCUCGCGAGGCGUGUGCUCCGCCCUCGGCUUGCAAGGCCUAGCCCUCCUCUGCACAGCGAUUUACCAGACAGUGCGGGGCGACCUAACACUCUUCCACGCGAUAUGUGUCGUGCACCUUCUCGCCAUACUUGGCAUGGAUUUGGUGAGCAAAGGCCGGUAUGAAGGUCUCGGUCCAUGGCGGCUAUAUUUCUUCUCCGCCAUCCAGAUUUUGGUUUUGGCGGCUUUCCUCGCUUUGAAUGUCUAUGUUUGGGUGACGGCGCCGCAAUUUGGCAGCCAGCCCCUGUGCAACAAGGACACGGUUUAUGUGGUCUUUGGAGUUAGCAUCAAAGCUACGUCUCCCGUAUUCCGGUAUAUCAUUCUCGGAACAUUGGGUGCGGUUGUAGCUGGCUAUGCUCUUGUUUUCACUUGUAUCUUACCGUGUCUGUGUGGGUACGCUGCGUACCGAAGACGGCAUCCCGACGCUGGAAACAGGAUUGAGGGCCAGAAGAGAGGCUGGAUGAAUUGGUUUAUGGAGGUUAAUCAUCCUAUUUACCAGGAUCAUCCCGAGCCACCCGAGAGGCUGCAUGGCCAGGCGCUGCUCAACUUUACGCUGAACAAGGUCGCGUAUUGUUCGUUCUGCAUAUACUUGAUUGUGUCGCUGGAGCAGACUAUCCAUCGGAAUAACCUCGACCCCGAAGAGAAAGGAUGGACGUUUGGACAGGUUAUUGCGAUUUUCUUGUUGUUAGGUGUCGCCAAUGAGCUGCUCAAUGUUCUUAUUGCGAGUUGGGAUAGGAGGCAGGCUGAAGGUGCUCAGCAGCUGGUGCAAUUUAGGCCGGGUACUGGGAACUCGGUGCAUUCCUCAUCUUCUUGA